UCUCUAGUGGCAAUAGAAAUAAUUCUUUCAUUGUGAAUAUUGUACCCAUAUUUAUAACACGGCGAUCGUCCUCCUUGUAUGUAGGCUCCAUGUUUGUAAUUUAAAUUUUGUUCGUACGUGACGUUGAAAUCGCACGUGCAUUGAAGAUAAAAAAAUGGUGCACACGACAUUAUUUUGACAGUGAAACGAUAUCAAGUGUCACUUUAUAAAUAGUAAGAAUAAAUUGAUUCGCAAAAUAGAAAUUAUUUAAUUAUUAACACAAGUAACUUACUUUCAAAUUUGAAUAAAGAAUAUUAACGCUAUGGAAAUAUAUAAAAAUAUUUACAAACACUUUAUCAGAAGUUAGAAAUUACGAGAAAAAGAGCAUGUAAAAUAAUAUCCCAAAGAUAAUAAAGCAUAAUGGAAAUUAACGAAGAUAGUGAUUUAAGUGAUCUACGAUCUGGCGUUUAUACAUUUCCUUCGAGUGUACAAAAUGUUAUAGAUCAGGUAUUGUCCAGCGAUGAUCCAUUGGAUGAAGCAAAUUUCACAGUCGUUAAUUAUAUUAACUCUAUAUUUCCGACCGAACAAUCUUUGUCUAAUAUCGAUGAUGUAAUGAAUGAGAUGGAACAAAAAAUUGAUACUAUUGACAAAGAGAUGAGCGCUGUUGUAUGCGGACAAACAAAUAUAGGUCAAGACGGUAAAGCAGCAUUGGAAGAUGCUCAAAAAGUAAUUAAACAAUUAUUUGUUCAUAUUAAAGAUAUAAAGAAUAAAGCGGAAAAAUCCGAAGAAGAAGUCCAAGAGAUCACAAGAGAUAUUAAGCAAUUAGAUUUCGCUAAAAGAAAUCUUGUAACUUCUAUAACAACAUUAAAUCAUUUACAUAUACUUGUCGAAGGAGUUGACACAUUGAAAAUAUUUAUACAGAAAAAACAAUACGGAGAAAUUAUUAAUCCGUUACAAGCAAUGACAGAAGUCAUGCAACACUUCGAUAGUUACAUGGAUAUACCAGAAAUUAAAAAAUUAUCAGAUGAAGUUCGACAAAUACAUGUUGAAUUAGCUCAACAGAUUACAACAGAUUUCAAAGAAGCAUUUUCCGGGCAAAAUCCAAAAUAUUUUAAUCAACUGACAGAUGGAUGCGUAGUAAUAUCUUUAUUAGAUCCAAAAGUAAAGAAAGAUCUGUUAACAUGGUUUAUAGAUAUUCAAUUAAAAGAAUAUGCACACUUAUUUGACGAAAAUCAGGAUUACGCAUGGUUAGAUAAAAUAGAUAAACGAUAUGCAUGGCUUAAGAAACAUUUGCUUGACUCUGAAUCUAAAUUCGGUACAAUCUUUCCACCCGAUUGGGAAGUAUCUGAACGUAUUGCUAUUCAAUUCUGUUAUGUUACAAACGAAGCUCUGACCAAAUUGAUGCACAAAAGACGUGCAGAAAUAGAUGUCAAAUUGUUACUUUAUGCGAUUCAAAGAACAGCGAAUUUUGAAUUAUUGUUAGCUAAACGUUUUGCAGGAAGCAAAUUAUUUACCGAUAAUACUACAAUAUCUAAUGAAAAUGGAAAUUUGACUGUGAAUAAUAAAGAUAAUAAAGGAUCUGGAAACCCAUUUGAGGAAGACGAACAAGUGGAACAUCAAAAGUCAAAAACAUCUCAUUUUAUAAACCUCAUAGGAAGUUGUUUUGAACCAUACUUAUAUAUAUAUAUUGACAGUUUAGACCGUAAUCUAGCCGAUUUAAUGAAUAAAUUUGUAUCUGAUUAUAAAACUCAACCACUAGGGGGAAAAGAUUUUGAUGAUAAUGAAGGCUCCAAUAGUGUUCUAUCGUGUGCUGAAUUAUUUCUUUUUUAUAAAAAAUGUAUAUUGCAGUGCACGCAACUUAGUACAGGAAUAAUAAUGCUGAGCCUUACUAAAACUUUUCAAAAAUAUUUACGAGAAUACGCCGUGAAGAUACUUCAAAAUAAUUUACCUAAGAAUGGAAGCAGUCUAGGAAUUAGUACGAGUAUGAGUAGUAUAACACGAGAUUUUCGUGGUUUAUCAACAUCCGGAUUUAUACAAAAUGUUCAAAAUUUUUUAAAAGAAGGUGAAAGUACGAAAUUUUGUAAAGAAGAACAAGCACGUAUUUGCUGCAUUUUAACAACGGCAGAAUAUUGUUUAGAAACGACGCAACAAUUGGAAGAAAAAUUACGUGAAAAAACGGAUCAAUGCUAUGCGAAAAGAAUUAAUUUAUCUCAAGAGCAAGAUAUCUUUCACGAUGUUAUUUCAGAAUGUAUCCUGUUACUCGUUCAAGACUUAGAAACAACUUGCGAUUCUGCAUUAACUGCAAUGACCAAGAUACAAUGGAGUUCUAUAGAAACGGUUGGAGAUCAAAGUAAUUAUGUUAAUACAAUAGUGGUACACCUACGACAGACGAUUCCUACGAUAAGAGAUAGAUUAUCUUCCUGUCGGAAAUAUUUCACACAAUUAUGUGUGAAGUUCGCAAAUUCUUUUAUAACUAAAUUGGUGCAGCAAUUAUAUAAAUGUAAACCGUUAAGUGCAGUAGGUGCAGAACAAUUAUUGCUUGACGUUCAUAUGCUGAAAACAGAACUUUUAAAAUUACCUUCCACAGGCUAUCAAAUUCAGAGAGAACCACCUGCUUCUUAUACAAAGAUUGUUAAUAAAGGUAUGACAAAUGCUGAAAUGAUUCUUAAAAUCGUCAUGUCGCCGAAUGACUUUGUAAAAGAAUGUAAGAUGCACCUACCAGAUUUACAAGUAUCAGAAUUUCAAAAAAUCUUAGAUAUGAAGGGUUUAAAAAAAACAGAACAAGUUCAGUUAAUAGAACAAUUCAAGCAACCAGAGAGUACAGGUUUAUCGUUAACUUCGAGAAACAAUGCUAUUCAAGAAAGUCCUGAGCAUGAAGCAGGUCAAAUUAAAAAAUUAGAAAAACUUAUUAAAAAAAGGAUGUAAAUUACCUACUUUUCCUUUGUUUUUAUGUCGCAUACUAUUUAGAUAAUUAAGGAUGAAAAAUAUUGUAAUUUUAAAUACAUUUUAUUUUGUUAUAUAUUUAUUUUUUAAAAAAGAACAAGAUACAUAAAAUGAAUAUUUGUAUGUAUAUAUGAAUAUGCUAUAGUGAGCCUUGAAUGUAUAUCUUGAGUACUCAAGCAUCCAUUGUUACAAACGUAUAUAAUAUGUGUGUAACUGAAUAAAACAAGCAUAUUGUACAAAGCUCAA